AUGAGCUGCGGGUACAUCCUGUGCACCGUCCUGCUGUCAGUGGCCGUCCUCCUGGCGGUGACAGUCACGGGGGCCAUCCUCUUCAUGAACCACUACCACACGCCCGUCACCGAGUCGCCCCCCGUCAUCAGCACCAACCCCGAGGAGGCCAACGCGCUGGUGACCAUCGAGAAAGCCGACAGCUCCCGCAUCAACAUCUUCAUCGACCCCAACUGCCCCAGCGCCGCCGGCACCCUGGGCCGCAUGGAGGGGCUGCAGAUCUCCCUGCUGCGCGCCGUCACCGACCACGACGCCGAGGCCAAGGCUACCAAGAGCCAGCAGAAGGCCCUGCUGGUCACGGUGGCGGACGAGGUGGCCAAGCUGCUGACACACGCCGUGCAGCUGCGCGCCGACUGCGACGGCCUCAAGAAGGGGCACAGCGCCAUGGGGCAGGAGCUCAGCGCCCUGCAGGGAGAGCAGGGCAGGCUCAUCCAGCUGCUCUCGGAGAGCCAGACCAACAUGGCUCGGCUGGUGAGCUCCGUCAGCGACGUCCUGGACACGCUGCAGAAGGAGCGGGGCGGUGCCCGGCCCCGCCUCAAGGCUGACCUGCAGCGAGCACCGGCCAGGGGGGCGCGGCCCCGGGGAUGCUCCAACGGCUCCCGGCCCCGAGACUGCUUUGACAUCUAUGCGAGUGGACAGCAAGAGGACGGGAUUUACUCCAUCUUCCCCACGCACUAUCCCUCCGGCUUCCAGGUCUACUGUGACAUGACGACGGACGGGGGCGGCUGGACGGUGUUCCAGCGGCGGGAAGAUGGCUCUGUGAACUUCUUCCGUGGCUGGGAAGCCUACCGGGAUGGCUUUGGGAAGCUGACAGGAGAGCACUGGUUAGGGCUGAAGCGGAUCCACAUGCUGACGGUCCAGGGCACCUACGAGCUCCGCAUCGACCUGGAGGACUUUGACAACGGCACUGCCUUCGCCCACUAUGGCAGCUUCGGGGUGGGGCUCUUCUCUGUGGACCCCGAGGAGGACGGGUACCCCAUCACCGUCACCGACUACUCGGGGACGGCAGGUGACUCCCUCCUGAAGCACAAUGGGAUGAAGUUCACCACCAAGGACCUGGACAACGACCACUCGGAGAACAACUGCGCCGCUUUCUACCACGGUGCCUGGUGGUACCGCAACUGCCACACCUCCAACCUCAACGGGCAGUACCUCAAGGGCCACCACAGCUCCUACGCCGAUGGCAUCGAGUGGUCCUCCUGGACCGGCUGGCAGUACUCCCUCAAAUUCACCGAGAUGAAGAUCCGGCCCAUCCGGGAAGAGAAUUAGCUGGAUGGCAGGAGCCCCCCACACUGUGCCCAGCCCCCUGCCCUUCCCCACCACCCUGCAGCCCCGUCCCCCCCCAGCUGCCAUCCUCCCCAUCCUCCCCGAGGGCUGGCCCAUCUUUGAGGGGCCUCUGGGGAGCACCUGCCCCCAGUGAGGGUGACUUUAUCUCCUGGGCAUCCACAGACAUUGCUGGACCUUUGCUUCCCACUGCCAUGGCUCC